AUGGACUCGGCAGCGGCAGCAAUGGAGAUCCCCCACCACGACGCACCCGUCUCUUUGAAGAAGAGCCGUACUGCGGCUCUGGAGGCAAUGGAGGACAUUGUCUACGGAUCUGUCGCCGGCGUCGUCGGAAAAUACAUCGAGUACCCCUUCGACACAGUCAAGGUCCGCCUGCAGUCCCAACCCGACAACCAGCCCCUCCGCUACAAGGGGCCGCUUGACUGCUUCCGCCAGUCCCUCAAGACCGAGGGCGUCCGCGGGCUCUACCGCGGCAUUAGCGCGCCGCUCGUGGGUGCCGCCCUCGAGAACAGCAGUCUGUUCUUCUUCGAACGCAUCGGCCGCGCCGCUGUAUACUCCUCCGGCUGGACGCCCCAGGGCCAGCAACUAUCCCUCUCUGCGCUCUGGUUCACCGGUGCCUUCUCUGGCUUCUUUACGUCUUACGUCCUCACCCCCGUCGAGCUCGUCAAGUGCAAGAUCCAAGCCCCCCCGCAGGUCGGCAGCGUGGCGGCACCGCAGUUGCGCCCACUGCCCGUCAUCCGUGACAUCUACCGUCACUACGGCAUCCUGGGCUUCUGGCAUGGGCAGAUGGGUACCCUCAUCCGCGAGUCGGGCGGCUGCGCGGCGUGGUUCGGCAGCAAGGAGACGGUGACAAAGAUGUUCCACAUCAUUAAUGGGCGGGCGGUGAAGACGCAGGCCGAGAGGGACGUGUUGGCCUCGAAUCCGUUGCCGCUGUGGCAGCAGGCGCUGGCCGGCGCCUCAGGCGGCGUGUCGUACAACUUCCUCUUCUUCCCCGCCGACACGAUCAAGUCGCGCAUGCAGACGGCGGCCGUCGGCGACGCGGCGCGCGGGAGGACGUUCUGGCAGGAGGGCGCGGUGCUGUGGCGGCAGCAUGGGCUCAAGGGGCUGUAUCGGGGGUGCGGCAUCACCUGUCUGCGCUCGGCGCCCAGCUCGGCCUUCAUUUUCAUUGUUUUUGACGGUCUCAAGCGACACUUUCCCUUGCAGUAG